GUCAACCCAUAUGCCUCGACGGACGUCGCUCUCUGGCGUCGCUCAAACGUCAGUGCAGUUACGACGCUGAAGCGUAAAUAACGCGUCCAGACGCCGUCGAUCUGCCGCGUAUCACGAGUGAAUUGGUCUGUGUGAUAGUUAUGCGAUGCCUUAUACCGUUAGGUAACCCUCCAGUGGUUCUCUAAGCGUUGUCCCUGCGAACUUGAAGACGGCCUCAGUCACUGGAGCAGAUAAUUCCACCGGAGAGACGUCAACUAUUGAUUAUUCAUGUGGUGUGCAGCAAUUUGUGAUCUGCUGCUAGCAGUAUCGCAAUGUCUACUCAUGUGGGAGCAUAAAACCUGAUCUAAAUAAGGACAAGAAAGCCAAUCAGUCAACGAAGAAAGUGAAUGUCAACGUCCCCAACAAAAAUGGCAACAAAUGAUUCGAUACUGAAGGAUUUCAUCCAUCCGAGCUACAACGAACACCUCAAAGCUCACAAUGCCGUCACGUUUAAACUUGUUAGAACAGUUUCAGAUUUCACACAGCAGCUGGGACAGGUGUACGAGCAGCACGCGGAAGAGCUCCACAUGCUGGUGUCCAACUUUCGGAAGAAGAACCAGGAGCUGAGGAAAGAAAGGGCAGCCUGCCCCAGUUCCCUCUUCCACACAUGGGAAACCCUUCUCCAAGAAGUUGAUAUCGAUUCUCAAGCCUUGGGCGAGAUUGGGUCCAUCCUGGGACGUCAGGUAUCCCGACCGCUUCUGGAGAGGUCCUUCCACAGGAAAAUACAGUCCAGAAAAGUGUUUCAACAUCGGGAGAGCUACGACGUCAUCAUUGCCAAAACUGAGGAGAAAUUGGCAAAGUGUCGUCAAGAUUAUAAAAACGCUUAUGUGGCGUACCUGUCAAGUCCAACAACGGAGAGCCUGAGUUGUUAUUUCAACUGUCAUAAUGCCUACAUUCAGCAACUUCAUGCCACGAACGGAAUGUUGGAGGCUUAUGGGAGGGAAACUUUACCCACGCUCCUACAAGAGCUGGAGGAAAUUUAUUCCGAUGUUUGUUCGACUUUAACUGACGCUAUCCAGCAGGGAGCAGAAGUUGUGGCCUCUAGGGCAAUGGAGCAAAACAAGAGGUACGAAAGUUUGGUGGUCCAAUGCAAAGCUGUUUCGGGACCGUCAGACCUGGCCCAUCUAGCGAGGUCCCUGCCCGCUCCUCAGGGACGAGGUUUAAUAAUGAAGAGGCCCUUCGUCCCCCCCCAGCCGCCGCCCCCAGAGGCAACAAACGGAGAAUAUGUCGAAACGCCAAACGAUAAUAUUCCUCCACUGAAAGAUGAACUGGUCAUCGAUAGACUAUCUGCACUCCAACUGAAACCCUCACACGAUGCUCUAAGCAAGGAAGCUGCAGACUUGGACGUGCAAAUACGUCAAAUCAAGGAUUCCCUGGAUACUUUGGUGAGAGUGCAGCAGAGGUCAGUAGAAGCGUCACUUUACAACAAAGCCAACGAAUUGCAAGAGGAUAUUUCCAUGAAGAGGUUCGACCUUAGGGUUUCUCACAUGCAUUUAAGUGCCAUCAAUGCACAGAAAGAACUGUUCAGCAAUAAGUUAGAGGGCGAACGUGGUAGUGCAUCUAGUGAUCGAAAAUUAUCAGUUGUUUCGCAGGGAAGUAUGAAAACGAAAUGGUUGAAGGCUUUUAAAAGCCUGAAAACACCGCCUCCUGAAUCAGAAAAAAAGAACCAAAUGUACCAUGCUGUGUCUACGAUAAUUUCCAUGAGGAAAAAUGGGGCGGCAGCCACAAGGGAACUCCUGAAGGGAGAUCCUGAUGCUCACCAUUUCCAAGAGAAUACAUACAAAAAGAUCACACCUUGCGAUGUUUGCCAACAAAUACUGAGAGGGCACACGCGUCAGGGCCUAAAAUGUAGGAUAUGCAAAAUGAACAUCCACGUAGAUUGUCAAGAUAAAGCAUCGAAAUGUCAGACGAAGGCGAAGCUGCUGAGGCGACAGAAGUCUACUUCAGAAAUCGAGACCCGUGUACCUGAAUCAACCCUCGAAGAGGAACGAGUACGGGGUUUAUAUGGUGGAAUGACAACGAUAAACAGAAGACUAUCCAUACGAGAUGAAAAUAAGGUGCAAAUACCUGCAAAGACCAAGAACUCUACACAGUCUCUCAUAGAGCCUAACGAAGUGGAUCGCAUUUAUCAAGUAUUGAAACAGGCGACCGAAAUCUCGAACUCAAAACCUCGAGUAAACAUCGAAGCGCCUGGUAUCACUGUAGACCGGGGGCAGGGGGUUGCGACCCCCGUCAGCGCGGGCAGCUCUGGACAAAGUCUGAACCGGAGGGUUGGACCACCCCCGACCCAAUCGCCCCAAAGUGGAGGGGCCAAUCUAUCCGUGAUCAAUCCAACCCCCUCGUCGACGAGCUCAGCUCCUCAUUCUCCACGAAGGCAAAAACUCAACUUGCGCAUGAAGAGCUUGUCUUUGGACUCACCAGAAAGCACAGAACAUGCUCAAAGGAGGAGGCAUCAUGGUUCAAAUGCAGCAAGUGAUCCACAUUCCAACCAGAGUUCAUCUUCUAGGAUACAAUCACCAUCCAGUCCAGUCCAUAAUCGUCGGCUUCUAUCUGCAAAAAAUAUCCGUAUGUCCUCCGUAGAAUUGCCAGAUGACAACGAUAAAAGCCCAUCUUCUGCCAGUACAUCACCGUGUCCAAGUCCAGUAGGUGGAAAAAAAUCUCACAGGCUUCUACCCACCAACCUUUAUGUGGUCCUGUACAACUUCAAAUCGAGGCAUCAGGAUGAAUUGGAUCUAAAGGCUGGUUAUAAAGUAACUGUGAUCGAUACCACAGAUCCGGAUUGGUGGAAGGGUAAAUGCUUCGGGAGGGUGGGUUUCUUUCCUUCGAAAUACGUUCUCAAACUAUCACCGGGGGAAAAACCCCUACAGGUGACACAUAACCUUCAAGUGGGAGAAGGGGAAAGCGGGAUGAUGCUGCUGCGGGACCAAAUCGUGGUACAAAUAGGUGAAGAGUUGGACGGCAUGGUGGUGAUACGUUCGGGUGACAAUCGCCAGGGUAUAUGCCCUCUGAAAUUCCUACAGGAGGUGUGACAACCGAAAGAGAGAAGCUACCCAGUCUCUUAUCCUCACCCCAGUACAAGUAAAUCUUUCCCCCCCUUCCAAACGCAGACGUCCCGGAUUGGAAACUUGAACAGAUAUUACAGCACGACGAUGGUGCAGAACAACAACAACUACGACACGAAACCGCCAAAAAGGAAUACAAAUUCCGGCAGCAUACUCCAAUAUUACUACAACAAUUUCCACAGCAACUUCAUGAAUUCUAAACAGACCAACGUGUACUACGAGAACGUCCUGAAGAGACGCAGAAACGAGCUGGCUUUCCUCCAGGGAAAAGCGCCUUUUUCCUCCUCAAAACGCCCCUUGUCCAUACGACUGUCCACGCCAAAACACAUAAGUAACCUCUUCGGCAAGUUCAAUCAGUUCAAGUCCGAUUCCCAGAAGCGUCCGCUCCUAUUGCAGGGUAAUAAUAAUAAUGUUAAUAACAACACACAAUCAACUAGCGGAAAUAUCUAUUGUAGAUCUAAUCUGAGAGUUUUAUGUAAUAGGGAUAAUAUCCAAAGGCAGCCCUCCGUUUAUACCAUUAGCGAGGAUGUCGAUAAGUUCAGUUUUUAUGAGAAAAAUCUCUAUAUUUCAUCGAAUUGUAGGCCUCUCUUCGUGAGAAAAUAACUAAGCAAGUAUAGUUCGACCUAUUUUUGUAAAUGUCGUUACACCUAAUCAUAGGAAAUUCUGUUGGAAUUAAUGUGAUGUAAAGCACCCCCUUAAUCUUCAUCAAUGCCUUAACAAACAGAAAAUUUACACGAAACUUAAAAUCAACGGCUUGUUCCUCAUAAUCAAUAUAUGGAAUAUACCAAUUCAACGAUGCAAACCUUUGCAACUAAUCCUAUAAUGAAUUUUCUUCAGCCCUUCAGGCCAAUCAAUUUCUUCAAAUCAUUUUGCAACCAUAAAUUGGAUGACGAACCUGUACAAACACCAAAGGCUGAUCACAAUCAAUAUUUAUUCUAUCGCCCUUUGUUUAUUUUUACUCAUUCUCGCAAAUACCGAAGUUUCCUGUGAAAAACCACGAAUGUUGUGUGUGUCUAAUAAUUCUGAAUGGAACGAGCAGCUUCAAAGCUUCAACGACAAAAUGUUACAUCUCGAAAAUUCCCAGAAAAAAGUAUUGUAUUGGAAGAAGUAGCUCUAUUCGUGUUUUUUGCAUAAUUAUUUAUCCUUUUUUUUCUAGACAGAUGGAUAUGUGAUUUUUGAGCAAUGACACAUUGAGCAGGGGGUAAUAUAGGGAUCAGAAAUGAGCUGUCGAACAUCUCUUAUAACUACUAGUUUCUAAGAUACUGCUGAGAGUCUCCUGAAAAUCAUACAAUAUUUAAUAUCAGAAAGUACUAGGCAUCAGAGAUGUUUGAGUACCCAUUUCUGAUCCCUCCAUAUGGUACUUUAUUACCCCUUGCCUGAUAUAAUGGGGUCAUUUGUCAGAAGUCAAUAUCCAGACAAUCCAGGAAUAUUUUUCCUUUUUGUGGGUGUUCACGAUGAAAUUUCAGAUAAAUAUUUCUGCUUGUUAGAGCCUUGGUACUACAUGACCUUUAGUAAAAUCCCAUUGCUCAUCCGUAUCAUCAAACUGAAACUUUUCGGAAAAUUCUGAAUCUAUUAAGUGGGGCCAUCGGUGCUAUUUUAUUCCUAAAUAUUCAAUGUGAAUCAUUUAAUCAGUUCAUUCCUUCCGAAAUGUGAGUCAACCGAAUUUACAAUACCCAACUACAUAUCAAAAGUGGAAUAUUAUAACCGUCGUUCAAUAAUAAUUCAGUGCAAAAAAGAAAAUCACUGCUUUAAGCAAGGGUCAUAGGCAAAUACUCGUGUAUAAGUUUAUAAUGCCAUCUACUGAAAAUGUUUGGGAAUAUGUGAAUAUCUCACAAUGAAAA